AUGUUUAAUGCUCCGGUAUCUUCAUUGUUCAAUGAGCAUAAGGCAGGGUGGGAUGAAGAAUGUGUCAGGGAUGUUUUCAAUGUAAAGGACUCAGAUAUCAUCCUUAAUAUCCCUGUAAGUGUGCGUCUUCCUCCAGACGUGUGGGUACGGUAUGAUGAGCCCAAGGGCGAAUAUUCUGUCAAGUCUUGUUACCGGUUGCUUGUAGGAGAGUUCCAACAUCAUAGAAAAUGGAGUGCCAUAUGGAAUAUGAGAGUCCCUCCGAAAGUGUUAGAGUCAGCCAAGCAUAUGUUCAUGGAUUGCCAUCAAGUCGCAUGCAUGUUGUCUACGAUGGGGCUAUCAAUGUCGAGUCAAGGUGGCAGGGAACUUGUUGAUUGGUUCUUUGAGCAGCUUGAAAAUCUUAGCAGGGAGGUUGCGCAUGAGACUAUGAAACACCAGAAUAAUGUGACAUCUACUGUAUAUAAGGAAAAGUGGAACCCACCUACUUCUGGUCGUAUUAAGCUUAAUUGUGAUGCUGCUUUCGAUGCUUCUCAUAAUAUCAUGGGGUUAGGUUGGGUGUUGAUGGAUGAUUGGGGUUAG